AUGUACUGUUUGGAUGCCUGGGCCAGCGCUGUCCUGGGACUGGCAAUCGUGCACGGUCUUCCCCUGGCCUUUCAAGGCUUGGUUGUACGAGCUGCCUGGUGCUGGCCAGCGAAGACACCUCGCUGUCUCCUUCCCGAGGUUCAUGGCGGAUCAUGCCUCCGCCAAGGCAUUGAAGUGUCUGAGCUCUUGCCAGGCGAGAGCUGUGUUCCCAGCUGCACGCAUGAUGCACUGGCUGGCUCGUGCACAGAACUGAGAUGCCCCCCCUCUGGUCCUGAGCCAGCAUGCCUGGAUGACCUGAACGCAGAUACUUGGUGGGUUCCAUGUGGCUAUGGUGGAGAAUGCCAGAGGCCGAUUGAGUUGGGAACGGUUGGAUGGGAAGAUUUUGGUUUCUACAGCUGUGGACCUCCAGGUCCUUCAGCCUGUCAGUCCGUUGAUGAAGUCCAACUUCCAAGAAGCGAAUCUGCCCUGCAACGCCUGGAUCUGUGGACUGCUGUUGCCUUUGGCUACUUGGCUUUGCUUGCCAGGUUGAGCCGCUCAGUGUCUGAAUGCGUUUCCUACAGCUGGUUUCGGGGCUGCCUUGCGCGGGCUCUCUAUGCUAAGGUUGCCUUGCAAUGGUCACCGGCCAAUCUGGCAGGAGUAGGCUGCAUUGCUGCCCUUUUCAUCUGGUUGUGCUUGCUGCCCUUUUCCCAAAAGUCAACUGGCAUCGCAACCGGAUUCGCCUUGCUCCUCACUUUGUGGUGGUCCUUUUUUAGAGGAGGAGUUCACAACUACGUCUUCAUGACACGCGAAGCUGCUUGGCGUAUCCAUUACAGCCUGGGCCUGCUCGCUAUAAUCGUAGCAGCCGUCCACGGUGCCCUCAACCUAGCCAAGCAUGGCCUGUAUCGGCUCCUCUCAACUUUCCACUUGCUCUGCGGAGUUUUAAGCCUGCUCGCAAUUGUGUUGGCGGUGGUGCCUGCCACGCUGCUGACGUACGAUCGUUUUAAACGCUUACAUUUCCUUAGCCUGGUUGGCUACUUGCUAGCCUUAGCUCAUAUGGUAGGCCAUGCGAUUCAGCUGCAGACGCUGGCCUCAAUUCUCAUGGCCGCAUCGAGUGCCUUUGUUUUCCUGCUCUAUGCCAUACAGAAGUUAUAUGUUCACCUGUCACAGCGUGAUGUCGAGAUACAGUCUGCCAAGAUGGUCUCUGAUAGUUCCGGUGAGCACCUGUUUCUUUCCCUUGCAGUGAAGGACUUCUCUUUCAAGGCCGGGCAGUGGGGUCACCUUUUAGCUGACCAGGUGUCUUCAGUUCCUCACCCAUUUACCCUGGUGCCUGGAGACGGGACUGCCAACGUUCAAAUCUUCUUGAAGGUUUAUGGCGGCUUCACGGACAAGUUGGCCAAAGCUUGCCGAGAUGCCAAACGACUUCCGAAAUUGAAGCUACAAGGGCCCUAUGGACUGCCAGCUAUGCCGUUGCCGGGCAUAACCGAAACAGUGUUUGUUGUGGGUGGCAUCGGCGUCACACCAGCACUUUCACUAGCUCCGGCUGCAGCUGCCCAUGCCAAAGUGGCUAUGUUUUGGUCGUUGCGUAGCUCUGCGCUGCUGGAAAGAGUGACGCCCCUUCUGGAGGAUCACUUAGAUCCUGUCAGGAGCUGCGUGCAGGUUACACUGCCAUCUGAGGCUGUUGACAGUCUCCCCCUGAUGGCAGAGUAUCGUAGCAAGCGAGACAUGCUAGAUGUUGGCAAUUGGCUCACAGGGCUGGGCAAGAGAUUUACAGCUGAAGGCAUUUGUCAGGUAAUGGUCUUUGUCUGUGGUCCUCCACGCCUGGUGGCUGCAACAAAAGCCGCUGCAUCUCGAAGAGCUGGUGGCCUUGCUUGGCAUGUGCAUGUUGAGGAGUUCCGCUUUCUGCCUUGUACACGGAGUUCUCCAGAGCCGAGAGCUCUCAGCCAGCCUGUGGAACCGCGGAUCUAUGGGCAGAGCGAAGAAUUUUUUGAUGUGCAGCCUUUAAACCAAGAGCUGGAUCGACCCAGAGCCGAGGUUAGCAGCUGCGCUGCAUUCUGUGGGCCUCGAUUGGCGUCAUUCCUGAGCUGA